AUGUCAAUCACUCUGAAAAGGUACCGUUCGUUGUCUAAGACAUUUGAGGCAGCAACUGGGAGGUUGCAUGAGCCGAAACAACUUAAAAACAAGUACAAUUUAUUGAAGAGCGAGUGGCGUGCAUGGUCUAAGCUAAUGGAUUGCCCGAAAGGCCCAACUGGAAUUGGCUUUGACCAAGUUAUUGGGUUGUUCAAUGCGUCGGCCGAUUGGUGGGCUAAAAUGGACAAGAUUGACAAAGAAUGUUACAAGUUCAUAACCAAAACCUUGGAGCAUUCGAAUUUGAUGGAGUGCGUCUUUAUUGGCGCUGCAGCAAUGGGUAAAAAUGCAUGGACACCCGGUGAGACUUGUAACCCGAUGGAAUUGGAAGGAGAGUCUGACAGUCCAGAAUUUUCCAGCAAUAGCAAUGAAUUAGGAGCAUCGAAAAUGGCUAGCAUGAUGAACCCUGCCAACAUCAAUGCCAUAGGUAGUAGAAGCAAGCGGAAGCAUUCAUCGGCCAAAACAUUGCAAAACAAGUGCAUUACUAAGGCUGCAGCAUUGGCAACCAGCAUAAACGACUUGGGACUAGACCCCGCCGAUCAACUUCUCCAUUUCGGAGUCAUGCUUAUGGAGGUUCCGAACAAUCAGGAGAUGGUUAUGAGUAUUCCCAUGGACGAAGGCAUAAUCGGGUGGCUACAAGCGAAGAAACAGGACAAAGAAAUGAGCGGGGGUAUCACUCUUGCGAGGUUUAACAAAUUGUGGUAA